AUGCUUCUUCGUCCUCGUGGAUGGGAACAAAUAGUGAAAAUAAAAACAAAACGUUCAACAGUUAUUUCUAUUCUUCGAUGGACACUUCUUCGUCAUGUAACUCAAUCACUUGAUCAAAUAAAUGAUGAAGAUACAAAAAAGAAUAUACUUUGGGAAGAAAUGUAUUGGUUAAAUCAAUAUUGGGCUCAACCUGUACCAAAAUCAAGUAUAGCUCCUAAAUAUUGGCAAAGACUUUUUAUUACUAAAUCACUUAAUAUUAGACGUGAUCUUUAUGAAUAUUUAUGUGAUGAAGAAGCACGAAGAGAACGUCUUCGAUUUCGAAUGGAAAAAAGAAAAGAAAUGCUUGCUACUAUAUCAGAUUCUAAUCGUUUAGAAUCUCUUUUUCAUCAAACAAUAUUUGCUACAUUAGACAUGAAAUAUAAUCCACAACGUUGGCUUAAUCUUUAUGCAUUAGCAAGAGCAGCACGAUUAGGAGAUUUUUUUGUUAUUGAUGGUGGUUUUGAAUUUGCUCAUGCUCGUCAUUCAUAUUUUUCAUCACUUGUUCAAAGAGUUUUUCGUUGUUUUAAACAUAUUGAUCAUUUUCAUUCACCAGCUUAUAUUAUAAUAAGUGAUCUUUCACAUAAUUUUCAAACAUGUAAUCAUCUAUUACCACAUGAACAUUCAACUUAUUUUCAUUCAACAAGAGAUUUAUAUAUUGAUUUAUUUGAUAAAGAUCGUUUAAUUUAUUUAACACCUGAUUCACCUAAUGAAAUGACACAUUUUGAUCAUGAUGCUGUUUAUAUUCUUGGAGGAAUUUAUGAUGAUGAAAAUAAAGAACCUUUAACAUAUCAAAAAGCUAUUAGACAAAAUAUUCGUCAUCAAAAAUUACCAUUAGAAAAAUAUCUUACAUUUCAUUCAACAUCAAGUCGUGCAUUAGCUUUUCAUGAAGUUUAUAAUAUAUUAUUAACAUUAAAACAUACAAAUAAUAAUUGGAUAAAAGCAUUUCGUUAUGUUCCAAAAAGAAAAAUUGCUACUCGAAUCGAAGAAGAAGAAGAACUUGAUGAUGAUGAUGAUGAUGAAAAACUUGAAUCAGUGACAUCUUGUUAG